UGGUGGCUGUUUGAAGACGGGUCUGAGGAGAGAGAGCGAGCGCACGCUGUGGCUGAACCUCGGGCCAGCUCUUCACACGGCGCUGACGGGAGACAGCCUCAUGAGCUCUGCUGUCUUGCUCAAGGGCACUUAGGCAGUCACAGCUCUGCUCAGGAAAUCCACUUGGACGUAUGUUGACAGACAGUUCUGACAUCUCACAAGCAUAAGGUCAUAGGUUCAACUCUAGUCUGGGGUCGAGAUGUUGAGGCGGUUUCCUCCUGGUGCUCCAGCUUGCUCCCUUUUCACACUCAAGAUUUAAGUCCUUAAAGAUAAUAAUUGUCCAGAUCCUUUAUGUCAUUGAUAAAUGAGUUUGCAGUAAAAGAAUUGAUCUGCUCUUCCAACUGUAAUAGUAAACAUGAAUCAUUUACAGCUGUAACUGCCAAAAACAAACAAUGAUUAUUGUAAAUUGUAUAUUAUUAUAGUUAUUACUAUGAAUUAUUAAUUCCUAUAAUGCAACUAAUACAGAUUUUUUUUCCAACAAAUACUAAUAAUUUUAUAGUAUUAGUAUUUAAAACACUCUUAAUAAAGAUACUAGUUUCCACAUCUGCAGUAAGAGUUGUAGUACUGAACAAGUACUACAAAUACAAGUAAUGUGAAGUACUGUUAGAAUUCAGUGCAAUAUAUGAGCGUAUGCGUAUAAUAGAUUGGAUUUUUCUUGUCAGUUGAAACGCUACCGACAUUGACGGUCAUAUUCCAAACUCCUAAUGUAGUACUGAUAAUAGUGUUGAUGAUAGCGAGGUGCAGUAUUGGGCGCACUCGUGAGUGGGAGCCUGAGAGCCGGGCCGGUCCUCCCUGCUCUGUGGGUUAGUAGGCUACAGAGCGCAGCCAGCUGGAAAAGUCCCACGCAGCAGAGCGAGGACACACUUCUGCUCGUCACGUGUAGCAGCAGCUCUUUGUAAAAGGUUACCGCGGCUGCUCGGUUUAACCCUUCCCUCCCCGCCACGGCAGUGCGGCUCCAGGAAAUAUCCCUCUUUCUGACUCUCGAAACACCGCUGGAGGACGGAGGAUGUCGGCGCGGAGCGGCUCCGGCGAGCGCGAGCAUUUCAUCUGGCUGUCGAGGAGAGACAGAUGAGAGGGAGCGAGAGCGAGCCUCCCCAAGAGACUGACAGAGCGAGGUAGACGGGCCGACCUACAUCCUGCUGCUGUUUGAACAGAGAUCUGGGACACUUCUGCGGCAGCCUAGCUCAGUGUGUCACCCUCGUGCUUAGCCUUAAACAGCUAACCAGCGUAUCCAAGUGGGGUGAAGAGGAAACCUGCCCUGCACACUACCCCGUCACAAACUUCAGAACUGAACAGGGACACCUCACGUGGAUAAAUGAGGGUUUCUAUCACUGAUCUACAGCUGUUCUUGAUCUUUUUGGCCAAUUUGGACACAUAAGUUUCCAACUCCACACCAGAAGAACGACGCAACAGUGUUUGGUGUUUCACCACCACCUCCAGCCCAAACCUAUCCCCGGCUGACCCGGCAGCGUCUCAAACUGGCUCCCAGUCGACCAGAAUGGAAAAUUUAACUUCUGCACUUAAAAACUCAGGGAACAACCUUAACUGCCUUGAGACCUUCAGUAGCUAUGACGAGUCGAUGCCCUCUCACCCAGGGACUCCCAGUCGUAUAAACCGCCUCAUCAAGCCCAAACAAAAUAUGGCCUGCAGAAAGAAACGCGAAUUCAUUUCCGACGAGAAGAAGGACGCCUCCUACUGGGAGAAGCGCCGCAAGAACAAUGAAGCUGCCAAGCGCUCGCGGGAAAAGCGCCGUCUCAAUGACAUGGUCCUGGAGAAUCGUGUCAUCGCACUGAAUGAUGAGAAUGUGAGGCUGAAGACUGAGUUGCUCCAACUGAAACUGCGGUUCGGGCUCAUCACCACCGCGUCAUACAUAGAAAAAAGCCAACAGAUUGGAAGCGGGAACAACUUGGUGAACGGAGGAUCUUCUUCAUCGUCGUCCUCCUCCUCCACCCAGUACUACUCUAGCGGUUACUCCACAAGUUCUCAGGUCAUGAUGAACUCAGACUCCUCUGAAACGGAGCAGUCGGGCCGCGGUGACGGCCACAGGCAGCUGGUGAAGUAUUCCCCACGUGGCUCCCUGUCAGACAUGUCCGACGGCUCGUCCAGGGACAGCCCCGAGCCAAUUCCGUUUGAGAUCAAAGAGGAGGGAGACCGGCUAGAGAUGGACAUCGCCAACGGGACGACAACCCAGAUCAUGUUUAACAUCCACCGUGGUUUGGCCCCUUUGCCAACGCAUCACCAGUUACAGCAGCACUCUCAGGAGCUGGAGGCUGCUUAUCUCAGCCAGCAACAGCAGCAUCUUCACCAACAACAGCCGCUCCCGGAGCCUGUUACCACUAUGAAUACUGGCGGGCAGCCAGCCCCUCACCCACCUGCUGCACAACGGAGUGUCAUUCUCUAUGGCUCCAGCAGUGCUCCGUGUCCCGUGGACAGCCUGUCGAGGUCCCAGGAAAUGGAUCUCCAUGUCUCCCAGAAGCACAUCAGCAGUAGCACCCAGGCAUGUGUCAGCAAGCCCAUGGCAGAAACCUCUGCUAAGAGUCUUGCUGAAAUGACUAAGCAUCUUGACAGGAAGCCACUAGAUGCGCCAACAAAUGAGCUCUCUGAAGACCAGGCAGAGGCAGCGUACCGAGCUUGCCAAAUCCCCCAGCCGAGAGAGGAGCCCCAGCAGGAGUGUGACGCUCAUGAAGAGCUCUUCCGCAACCAAUCCCACCUGUACCAACACCUCCAGCAGCCCCUUCCCUUGUACCACAGCGCACAGGACGAGGAGCCUCCUGUGCUGACUUACGAGGGAGGCUCUCAGAGCGAUGCCUACUACAGGGAGCAGUCGAGCAAGGAGACCUCAUCCAGCGAUGGAGAUCCACGGAGUUCAGACAAAGAGGCCUCGACUGAUGAGGACGAGUCCCCUUCAUCCACCUGCUCGCUCCAUCAGCCAGCAUCUCCUCAAACCUCUCAGGGCUGUGCUCAGGCUCGGGAUCAGCAGGGCGAGGUCAAGGGCACAGCGUUGCCCCACAAACUCAGACUCAAACACCGGGCAAUGAGCAACGGUAGCAGCGGCCAUUGCUCUGGCCAGGAGUCUCCCUCCAGCCCCCCAUCUGCCACACCACCUCCCCUCCCCCAGCAUACCUACCUGUCCCUCCCGCCACAGCAGCACGUGAAGCGUGAGAGCUUCAGCUCUGGCAAGCAGGCGGCGCCAGGGGAGGCCACACGGAGAGAGAACGGGAAAAAGGAAACAGGUGGACACAAAAACAAGAUGCGAGAUUAAGUGAGAUGGAUUUUUUACACUUUGUCAGCAGUUCUCCUGCUUUGUAAAGACAAUGCCUCUUGUGUAACUAACCUGCCGCCAUGCCUUUGCCCAACAAUCAAAACCACUUCUGGGACAAGAAGUUGGGGCUUUUCUACAAGCACAAAUGUCACCAAAAAGGCUUGUAGGAAUGUAUCAUAGCUGUAAAUACUGUACAGAGUUCUCAUUUCUUACGUCCUCUCCAUACUGACAGAAGCACUUUUGUUUAUGUGGUGAGAUGAGGGAUGGAACAACCUGCUUUUUCUAGUUUUUCCUCAUUCAAACAUCAGCAGAAGCACAUUUGAUCACAACAAGAAUGUAGACACACAAACCCGCUCAAGCUUUACCAGUACUAGAGAUGUGGUACAUAUCUGACUGUAGACAAACAUGUAUAGCCUUAAUUUAAAUCAAAUGCAACUGGGGAUUUUCCCUCGACCAAAGAAGCACCGACAUGACCCAAGAUCCAGUUCCAGACCUUUUCCCUGACCCUACCUCUACCCAAGCCCCGCCCCACCUCUUCCUUCAUUCUCAGAUCAUUUUGCAUCUCCUUUAUUUUUUAAAGCACUUGAUUUGUACAGAACUGUGAUAUAUGAAUAUAUGUACGUAAUAUAAAUAUAUAUUUUGAACUACAUUUGGAUACAAAUUGAACAAACCAAUGCAACAAGGAUCAGCAGUGAAAACAGCCGCAUUGUUGCACCCAAAUUAACUCGCCUCUUCUGUGAUUGUUAAGAUGUGGCCGUCGGAAUCCAAGCGUGACCCACGCAGAACGGUCAUGUGGUAUCCUGAGGCCCAGGUCUCGAUAAAAAUGUCUCAAACCUUUAACCAGCCUUUAACUACUUGGUGGAACUCACCUGCUGCAGGCUAUAAGCCCUUUAGUUUAUCUGAGCUUUAUCAAGCGUAUGUCGUCAUCCUUCACUGGCCCUGUGUAUUUAUUUCCUCUCUUCUCCACAUCACUGUAGAAAAAAGCCCACAGGAACAUAGACAGAGAAUGUGUACAGUGCUAAAUGGAUAGCUAGGCUCAUGGGGGCGCCCAGUGAGGAGGUUCCUUGAGAAUCAAUUGGCAUUUCCUUAUGUUAAAAGAAUCCGCCUCGGCUGGGCAGUGACAAGUCGCCCGCCUUUCAUCCAAACAAAAACAGUCUAUGUACCAUGUUUGGCUUUUUGGUGCGAGUGUAUAAAUGUAAAUUCCUCCUCCCUUUGAGCGACACUGUACGUUUAUUUCAUCAUUUUUAUAUUUUCAUUGUGGUGUUGUCGUCCAAUACUGUAUACCGUGUCUUUCUCCCCCCUCCUGACCGUGAUGACAUGUAUUUGCCUCAUACCCAACCCCGUGUGUAUUAAUCAGUAAUGUUUGUGGUUUUACUGAUGGUUUUUAUGAAACGUUAAAAAAAAAAAUCAAUAAAUAAAUAAAACGGCA